UGGAAAGACUGUUCUUGGAGAGAAAUAUGUUUAUGCCGUCAUAUCAUUAAGUGAGAGCAGCAGCUGCAGUGACAGUUGAGGGCGAUGAGCACCAGCGUCGAGGCAAGCUGUAAUGAGGAGAGGGUGGGGGUGCAAUUCUGGAAGAUUCUGCAGGAAUCUUCCGAGUGGACCCCAUUUCAGUCGUUUAUUGUGGGGACUGUUUCUGUGCUAGCUGGUUAGCCUUCCCAGGCAAAGCCACUACGCAACGUUACACACUGUGGCGGGGACUAACGGGUUUAGGAGCCAAUGACUGGAAUACACUGAAAACGUUACCUACUGCAAAGAUGUCAAAGAGACCAUCCUAUGCCCCUCCUCCUCCCCCUGCCCCUGCAACUCAAAUGCCCAACACUACUGGGUUUGUGGGGUACAACCCAUACAGCCACCUGGCCUACAACAACUACAGACUGGGAGGGAGCCAAAGCAGCAACAGUCGGGUAACGAAUUCUUCUGGAAUAAAUAUCCCAAAGCCACCCAAACCACCGGAUAAGCCAUUGAUGCCAUAUAUGAGAUAUAGUCGUAAGGUUUGGGAUCAAGUAAAAGCCUCCAAUCCUGAUCUGAAGCUAUGGGAAAUUGGGAAGAUAAUCGGUGGCAUGUGGAGGGACCUCACUGAUGAGGAGAAACAGGAUUAUUUGAAUGACUACGAAGCAGAGAAGAUUGAAUAUAAUGAGAGCAUGAAGGCCUAUCACAACUCGCCGGCCUACUUGGCCUAUGUCAAUGCAAAAAGCCGGGCUGAGGCAGCUCUAGAAGAGGAGAGCCGCCAGAGGCAGUCCAGACUGGACAAGGGCGAGCCUUACAUGAGUAUUCAGCCAGCGGAGGAUCCAGAUGAUUACGACGACGGGUUUUCUAUAAAGCACUCAGCUGCGUCUCGUUUCCAACGCAACCACCGCCUGAUCAGCGAGAUCCUUAGCGAGAGCGUAGUACCAGAUGUGCGGUCAGUUGUUACCACGGCUCGCAUGCAAGUCCUCAAACGCCAGGUCCAGUCUUUGAUGGUGCACCAGAGAAAGUUGGAGGCAGAAUUGCUUCAGAUUGAAGACCGCCACCAGGACAAGAAAAGAAAAUUCAUCGAAGCCACAGAGUCGUUCACAAAUGAGCUCAAAAGGUUGUGCUGUAUGAAGGUGGAAGUGGACAUGGAGAAGAUUUCUGCAGAGAUUGCUGCAGCAGAAGAAGCAGCGCGCAAACGGGUGGCAGAAAGAGAGAAGGAUGCGGGAGACCGAGGUGCAAGAGAGGCCCCCACCUGUGUCUUAGCAGAAGAAGAAAAACAUAUUUGUGCAACACAUGGCAGCAAGUCCCAGCAAAACUCUCUCAGUGAAAGCAGCAACAAGGAAGGCGAGGAUACAGAAUCCAACACCACAGAUACACCAGGGAAGCCAAAGGCCUCAGAGGUGCUUGAGGCUCAUCCAGGCAGUGAGGAGGGGGCAUCAGAGGACAAGGAGAGCGUGCCCGAGGGAGCCAUGGAGGAGGGAACCAGCGACAGUAACACAGGCUCAGAGACCGCCUCUGCUCAGGCAGAAGAUGCCCCGGCUGAGCCAUCAGAGGGCCCCAGCAAAGCAAGAGCAGCCCACUGAGUCCAGCACGACCGUCUGUGAUGACUGGCUGUCAUUACGUCUGGCCUGACAUCAUCCUCAGAUAACAUAUAUUGCACAGUAUCAUCUCAGAUUGUCAAAGCAUAUAAACAGUUCAGAGGGGCUCAUUGUUUAACAAGCCUGAAGCAAAGCUGAUGCUCUAGAGGAGUUUGUAAACACCACGGCUCACAGACAUGCGCUGAAUUCAAAUAAAUGACAAAUGCAAAACACUUGAAGCCGACAAGCAAUGGUCCUGUCUAAAACCAACGGCUUCUAAGUGCGCCACAUAAGCCCAUGUGAAAGCACUAUAUAUAGGCCUCAUUGCCAUUUGGAAGAACCCAUACAGGCCCUCCUUAGCACAUAUCGAUACAUAUCUCUAGCACUAUGUAUGACAGAGCCCAGAUGAAAAAAGCUGUCACAUGAAACAAACAUUGUUCAGUGUUAUAUUUAACGUUGUCCUUUUGUAUUGUAGUGUCAUUGUUGCUUUUAUUGUUAUUUUUGCAUGUAUUUUUGCAAUUUUUCAAAAUAAGUUGGUACACUUGUGAAGAGUGGAGCUGGUUGACCAAUAUUUGUUUACUCUCUGUAUCAGUAUUACAGUGACGGUAUUGUCUCAGGAGUUUGUAGUCAUUAGUAGAAGUUAUUUUUGUUAUUUAUUAUCAGCAUUUUUAUUAUACUUGUGUAUUGGUUGUCUUGGGCCCGGCCCAGUUCAGUCCAUAUGUAUAUCACAUGAUCAUCAAUGCUGUACAAUGCUCGACUACCAGUGUUCUCAAGUUUGCUAGCUGUCAAUCAAAUCAAAAGCAGUACGCUUAGAACAUUUGUGUUAUGAUCAAUAUUGCAAUUUUCAGCAGAAGACUUUUAAAUGUACCGUAAUUGUGCACACAGUGUAACGAGGUUUGCUUAAACAUGGAUUUUCAUGUCGUAAAACAGCUUGAACAGUCAUAAACAUGCAGUCUUAAAAUGAAUUUCCUUUUGCAUAUUUAUACCAAUAAAAUUUUCUACCCUAAA